CCUCAUCCUCCCUCGCCUCGCGAGUCGCCCACCGCCCGCAGCCUCGCCAUGUCGGCCGUCGCAAGCAGCAGCAGCAGCAGUGCCGCGUCCUCCUCUGCCGCACCAGCCGCACAGAGCCAGCGCAUCGGCAUCGAGCAGCUGCUCGCCGCGCGCCGCGCCUCGCCCGCCGUGCGCGUCGUCGUCGAUGCGCCCGCGCUGUCCAUCGGCUGCGCGGCCGUCCUCGCGCUGCGCGCCGUCGCGAUUGGACAGCCAGCAGCACUGGUGGGCACACGCACACUCAUGGGCAUGUUCCCAGUCGCAUUCCCGUACUUUGCACUGCGAGAGCUCGUCGUUGUGCCGCAGCUCGGCGGCAGCGUGACCAGUGCCGAGGCACGGCAUCUCGGCGGCGUGCCCCAGAGCGCGCUCUCCGGUCUGCUGCUCGGGCCCGUCGUAAGCAUGUACCGAUCUCGAGGCGCGAUGCACGGCGUGCCACGUGCUGCCUUGACGUUCGCCGCUGCGUUUGGAGGAGGCCAGCUGCUGCUCAACGAGGUCAUGGCAGCCAGUGGCUGGGUGUACGCCAAGACGCGCUCCGAGAGCGAGCAGAGCGAAGUGUCCAGCGGCGCUUCGCCGUCUGGCAGUGUCGCGUCUGCAGCGGCGCCCUCGCGUCCUCUUGCCGCACCAGCACAGCCCGACGCCAUGCCCGCAGCACCCUCACCCGAGGCGCAGCACGACGAGCCGUGGUAUUCGCGCGCCAGUCUCUCGCGCCUGCUGCCCGUGCGCAAGAUCUCGGACGACGAGUACGCGCGCAAGCUGGGCGAGCGCGAGCGCGAGCUGGAGAAGCGCCUGGCCGAGCUGCACGGCGAACUGCGUGCCUCUUCGGUGGAGGAGCGAGGCGCAGGCGCUGUCAAGGUGUGAAUGGGGGGGGGGGGG